CGCCGCCGCCGGGCCGGGACAGUCCCGGAGGCGCGGCGUGAGCCAGUGACAAACGAUGGCGGGCGAGGAAGACCGCGGAGACGGGGACCCGGUAUCAGUGGUGACUGUGCGGGUGCAGUACUUGGAGGACACCGACCCCUUCGCAUGUGCCAACUUCCCGGAGCCGCGCCGGGCCCCCACCUGCAGCCUGGACGGGGCGCUGCCCCUGGGUGCGCAGAUACCCGCACUGCACCGCCUGCUGGCGGCUCCACUGAAGCUGGAGGACUGUGCCCUCCAAGUGUCUCCCUCUGGAUACUACCUGGACCCCGAGUUGUCUCUGGAAGAGCAGCGGGAGAUGCUGGAGAGCUUCUAUGAAGAGAUCAGCAAAGGGCGGAAGCCUACACUCAUCCUGCGUACUCAACUCUCUGUGAGGGUCAAUGCCAUCUUGGAAAAGUUGUAUGGCUCCAGUGGCCCUGAGCUGCGUCGCUCCCUCUUCUCACUAAAGCAGAUCUUCCAGGAGGACAAGGACCUGGUGCCAGAAUUUGUGCACUCAGAGGGGCUGAGCUGCCUGAUCCGUGUGGGCGCUGCUGCCGACCACAACUACCAGAGCUACAUCCUCCGAGCACUAGGCCAGCUGAUGCUGUUUGUGGAUGGGAUGCUGGGGGUGGUGGCCCACAGUGAGACUGUGCAGUGGCUGUACACACUGUGUGCCAGCGUGUCCCGCUUGGUGGUGAAAACGGCCCUGAAGCUGCUGCUGGUAUUUGUGGAGUACUCGGAGAGCAAUGCGCCGCUGCUUAUCCGUGCCGUCAACUCUGUGGCCAGCUCCACAGGCUGUCUUCCUUGGGCCAAUCUGGUGUCCAUCCUGGAGGAGAAGAAUGGUGCUGACCCCGAGUUGUUGGUGUACACGGUCACUCUCAUCAACAAGACACUGGCAGCGCUUCCAGACCAGGACUCCUUCUAUGAUGUGACAGAUGCACUGGAGCAGCAGGGCAUGGAAGCUCUGGUCCAGCGCCACUUGGGCGCAUCGGGGACUGAUUUCGACCUUCGCACACAGCUUGUGCUCUAUGAGAAUGCCCUGCGGUUGGAGGAUGGAGACAUUGAGGAAGCCACUGCAGGUGGGCGGCGGGAACGCAGAAAGCCCUCUUCGGAGGAGGGCAAGAGGAGCCGCCGGUCUCUAGAAGGCGGGGGCUGCCCUGUGCGCCCCUCGGAGCCUGGCCCUGCAGGCCCCGCAACUGGCCGCACAGGCCCUGCCUCACCUCGGACAGGCCCCUCAAGCCCAGGGGACUCCACCUCGAGCCCCGGGGACCCCUCCUCGGCAGUAAUCUCCACCUACUCCGCUGGCCCUGCCCUGUCGACCAGCCUGGCCCCUAAACCUGCGGGCCCAGCUUCUGGCCUCUGUACCUCAGUGAACCUCUUUCCUGCCAUCUCUGUGGGGCCCUCAGCCGACAGCUCCAGUGAGAGGAGCAUCUACAAAGCCCGGUUCCUGGAGAAUGUGGCAGCGGCAGAAACAGAGAAGCAGGCUGCACUGGCCCAGGGCCGGGCAGAGACACUGGCUGGGGCCAUGGCCGAUGAGGCCGAUGGACACCCAGAUACCCGGGAACUAUGGGGCUCCCCAGAACCAGGCUCUGCACCCAGAACACCCCAGAGCCCUGUCCCCCGAGGUCUGCUCCGGGCCCAGCGGAGCCUUGAGCCAGAGCCCAAGGUGCCACUGGCCCCACCAAGCCCCAAGGCUGAGCCCAUUCAGGAGUUUCCUAUCCGUGUACCCAAGCUCUGCAUUGGAGACCUGGACUUCUCAGAUCUGGGGGAGGAUGAAGACGAGGACAUGCUGAAUGUGGAGGCUGUGGAGGCUGUGAAAGGGGUCCCACCCCCACCACCCCCACUGCCUGCGCUCUCUGGAGGCCCCCCGCCUCCUCCACCCCCACCUCCCCCACCCAUCAAAGGCUCACUCUCACCACCUCCACCUCCGGCCGCCCCACUUCCUCCCUCAGCACCUGAUGGUCUAGCCCUCCCCAGCAAGAGGAAGACAGUAAAACUCUUCUGGCGGGAGCUAAAGCUGGCUGGGGGCCACGGAGGCUCUGGGAGCCGUUUUGGGCCUUGCCCCACCCUGUGGGCCUCACUGGAACCUGUCUCAGUGGACACAGCCAGGCUGGAACACCUGUUUGAGUCCCGUGCCAAGGACGUGCUGCCUUCCAAGAAAGCUGGUGAGGGCCGCCGGACAAUGACCACAGUGCUGGACCCCAAGCGCAGCAACGCCAUCAACAUUGGCCUAACCACCCUGCCACCUGUGCAUGUCAUUAAGGCUGCCCUGCUCAACUUUGAUGAGUUUGCUGUCAGCAAGGAUGGCAUUGAGAAACUGCUGACUAUGAUGCCCACGGAGGAGGAACGGCAGAAGAUCGAGGAGGCCCAGCUAGCCAAUCCCGACGUACCCCUGGGCCCAGCUGAGAACUUCCUGAUGACCCUUGCCUCCAUUGGGGGCCUGGCCGCCCGCCUACAACUCUGGGCCUUCAAGCUGGACUACGACAGCAUGGAGCGGGAAAUCGCAGAGCCACUAUUUGACCUGAAAGUGGGCAUGGCACAGCUGGUACAAAAUGCCACCUUCCGCUGCAUCCUGGCCACUCUCCUGGCUGUGGGCAACUUCCUCAACGGUUCCCAGAGCAGCGGCUUCGAGUUGAGCUACCUGGAGAAGGUGUCAGAGGUGAAGGACACAGUGCGCCGGCAGUCAUUGCUGCACCAUCUCUGCUCCUUGGUGCUCCAGACCCGGCCUGAUUCCUCGGACCUCUACUCAGAAAUCCCUGCCCUGACCCGCUGUGCCAAGGUGGACUUCGAGCAGCUGACUGAGAACUUGGGGCAGCUGGAGCGUCGGAGCCGGGCAACUGAGGAGAGCCUACGGAGCUUGGCCAAGCAUGAGCUGUCCCCAGCCCUGCGUGCCCGCCUCACCCACUUCUUGGCCCAGUGUGGUCGCCGUGUUGCCAUGCUGCGGGUAGUACACCGCCGUGUCUGCAACAGGUUCCACGCCUUCCUGUUGUACCUGGGCUACACGGCACCCGCGGCCCGGGAAGUGCGCAUCAUGCAGUUCUGCCACACGCUGCGCGAGUUUGCCCUUGAGUACCGCACGUGCCGGGAACGGGUGCUGCAGCAGCAGCAGAAGCGUGCCACCUACCGGGAGCGCAACAAGACCCGGGGCCGCAUGAUCACGGAGACAGAGAAGUUCUCAGGUGUGGCUGGGGAAGCCCCCAAUCACCCAUCUGUCCCAAUGGCUGUGGGCAGUGGGCCAGGGCGGGGUGAUGCCGACAGUCACGCCAGCAUGAAGAGUCUGCUGACCAGCAAGCCGGAGGACACCACACAUGGCCGCCGCAGCAGAGGCAUGGUCCAGAGCAGCUCCCCAGUCACGCCGAUAGCAACAGGGCCCUCCACUGCACCCCCAGAAGAACCCCCAGGCUCCAAUUUACCCAGUGACACUUCCGAUGAGAUCAUGGAUUUGCUGGUGCAGUCAGUGACCAAGAGCAGUCCUCGUGCCUUAGCUGCUCGGGAGCGCAAACGUUCCCGGGGCAACCGCAAGUCUUUGAGACGGACACUGAAGAGCGGGCUCGGAGAGGACCUGGUACAGGCCCUGGGACUGAGCAAGGGUCCUGGCCUGGAGGUGUGAAGGCCCUGCCUCUGGACACCUACCUACUGGGGCCCCAGCCUGCAGUGCAAGAGACUAGAGAGUGAGGAGGGAUCGGCAGAAUUCUGGGCCUCUUUCCAACCCCAGGGCCACUCUGUGCCCAGUGGACAAUGCCUUGAGCAGUAUUAGCUAUGCGUGCCUGUGUGCAAGUGUGUGUGUGUUUGUGUGUGUGUGUGCGUGUGUGUGUGUGUACUUGUACACGUACUUGUAUAAGCUCCCUGAACACAUGGAGUAUAAUAAAGUUUUCAU